CCAGAACACAUAUAAUGUUGUAUAUUUUUCAAACAACGUAAAAUGCAUUCAAUCAGUUGGUGUAAAUGUUGGGGGUAGAAGGGUCUGAGAGAAGUAGUUGUUUUGCAAAUGCAUGGGAAUUGUAGUUUAGUAUCCCAAACAGAGCUUAGCUUCCAAUGGCCUGUUUAGAGGAAAUGGACUACAACGCCCAUACGUCCAAACUCUCCAGAUACUUUGUAAACUCUGUGCAAGUUGCGCGUCUGCACUGCUAUUUUAGGUAUGCAGCUAGUGCUAUCUGCUCGGCAGUGUACUGGUUUGAGUGUGGUUUUGGCCUCUGAAAAAACGUUAAAAUCAUCGGUGUUUGGUGACAGCUUUUAAUCGACAGUGCACAGAAGGCUUGAAGCGAGAAGAUUUUCAGCUGAAUUCCCACUUGACUACACUGGCCAGCAUCCAUAAGAUCCACCACACCUUGCACAGGCUGAACUUGGCAGAAGACGUUGGACAGGACAGCCACCCCUCAGCUUGUUGCUCUAAAGCCAUGCCUCCUAGGAAAAAGAGGAGACCCUCUGCUGGAGAUGACAUGUCAGCCAAGAAAAGUCGCCAGGACAGCGUUUUCAGAAAACAUGAAACAUCCCAAAUCCGAGAGGAGGAGAUGUUUUCUAGUAAAAGAUGCUUGGAGUGGUUCUAUGAAUAUGCAGGCUGCGAUGAUGUGGUGGGUCCAGAGGGCAUGGAAAAAUUCUGUGAGGACAUCGGGGUGGAGCCGGAGAAUGUGGUGAUGCUGGUUCUUGCUUGGAAGCUGGAUGCCCAGAGUAUGGGAUAUUUCACCCUUCAGGAGUGGCUGAGAGGCAUGGGCUCAUUGCAGUGUGAUUCGACUGAGAGGCUGAGGAAUUCACUUGACUACCUGAGAUCUGUCCUAAAUGACAGCACCAGCUUUAAGCUCAUUUAUAGAUAUGCCUUUGAUUUUGCUCGGGAAAAGGAUCAGAGGAGUUUGGACUUGAACACAGCCAAAUGUAUGUUGGGGCUUCUUCUGGGAAAGACGUGGCCUUUGUUUCCUGUGUUUAAUCAGUUUCUAGAGCAAUCAAAGUACAAAGUCAUCAACAAAGACCAAUGGUGCAAUGUUUUAGAGUUCAGCAGGACAAUCAACCUGGACCUCAGCAACUAUGAUGAAGAUGGUGCCUGGCCUGUUUUGUUGGACGAGUUUGUGGAAUGGUACAAAGAAAGACAGAUGUCAUAACUGCAGCGCAAAAAUGGGGAAAGUAAUACAACUGUGACAACAACGACUCUGAGAAUCAAUAACCAAUAAGUAACCAAUACAAAAAAAAGUAAAGGAGUGACUGUGGGUGCUUCCUGGGGAAAGGAGGGGUUUGGGCUGUGGGUGGGCUAGGGUGGGGUUGCUGGGUUUGCAGCCUGCAUGCACGCUGCUCAGAGCGUGGAGGCAGGAGGGCUGCUGUGCUCCCUACCGAAGUUGCGUAGUGGGCAAGCUUGCAGCAAUCUCCAGUGGCAUUGCUCUCUCACUGUGACAUGUCAUAUUGCUGUCUGUGUUAGGAUAACGUGGUGUCAUACAUGGAUGAUGGAAGCAAAAUGGUAUUGUGUGGGAGAACCACUCCUCACCCCUUGUCUUCAGCACAGAGAAACUGAGAGAAGUGACCAUUCAUGCAUUGUGUCUGAGUCUUAAAUAGGGUCACUUUGACCUGGGCACAUUAAAGUAUUAUACAUCUGUGCAAUGAACUUGAACUUGAGCUUUUCUGGACAGAUAGCACUUAAUUUUAUUUUUUUUUGUCAUAUUUUGAGUUUCAUAGGAGUACUUCAAGAAGCACACUGUGUCAAAUGGUUGAUUGCAAGUUUCUAUUCUAUUGAUUUGUGCCAGUUUGUAGUUGUUUUUUGUUUGUUUUCUUCUUUCCCCUCCAGUUUUGAUUGCUUCAGCUUUUUUUGUUGUUGUUGUUUUUCUUUUUGUUUUUGCUUCUAGCUAUUCAUUUGCUAGCCCCCUGCAAAGGCUUCAGACCUCAUAACACCAAACAGUUUAGCAUUGCUGCUUACUAACUCUUAUUACAGUACAGCGGUGAGCCACUAGUGCUCUGAUCAGCAUUUAUUGGUCUGAUGACUGAUUUAUGUAUCUACGUUCUGUAGAUGAGAGUAUUACUGUGCCUCAAAACAUGGAAGUCACUUUGUGUGUCCCACACACAUACCAAUAAACCCAAAUGUACAUACACGUGUGAUAAGAGUACAUGCACACAGACACACUGAGUGGUCAGGGAUUAUUUCAGGAUGAACUCAGACUGUUUUGGCUGUGUUAUAAGUUGACAUAGAGCUAGUUGGUGUCCAUUUUGUCUUGAUAUGUGGCAUCUGUUUGUCUUCCUUAGUCCACUGAUAGUUUCAGGUCUCCUCUUACCAGUAGCAUCUCUCCCAACACUGACGGUGUUAAUGUAACUGCAGUGGAAGACCGGUGACCCUCUCAGGAUGAGGUCCUUUAGGCUUGAGUAGUAAGGUACGUUUGGUGAAAGUGUUGCUUUAUACCACCCAUAGGAUGUACUCAAAACAGUGGACACUGACAGUUUGGAACUUUGUGAUGAUGCUAUGCUGUUCUUUUCGCCUAGUAUAAUGUUCUUGUAACACAUGUAUAAAUUUUUGUCUUUGGCUGUGAUGUGAUGCUGAAUUGUCAGAAGAUUUAAUAUUUGCAUGCAUGCUCCGACAGAGCCUUUUGUGAAUGGAUGAGAUUUUUUGAAAACAUUUUUCAAACUUUUUGUUUUUGUUUUGUACAGGUUUUUGUGCAAGUGUUUUGUGCUUAAUUUCAUAAACACAAUCAUGUUCUUUGAAUUCUGAUGAUAAACAUGAUUGUGUCUAUUAAGACCUGGAACACACCUGUAACCUCAUGGUGGAACAGGAGUUCCCUCCUGCAUUUACCCUUUGUUACACAUCCUUACAUAUGCUGCAAAACUUUGGCAAACUGCAGGCAAUGCAGACAGUAGCCUGUUUUGCUACUGUUGCACUACAUUGUCAUGACAUACAUAAACGCUUCCAUAAAUCCAUUUCAGUUGAAAACUACACAGAAACCUUUGUCGUCACUACAAUGCAUCGACCAUCAGCAUAAACCUUAAGACUAAAGUAGUUGUAGGAUUGCUUACCAAAUACUGUGUAGAGAUCAGUGGUUUAGUCUUCUCCCUUGAUAAUGCAGGAGGAUGAACAGCCUUGUCCCAACUGUAUAUAUGUAUGUAAACUAUGUGUCUAUAUGUCUGUUUUCACUAUAACCUGUGUCUAUACAAGUAAAUAAAAUGGUUUAUUAACUUA